GUCAAAGAAAUUACGCAAAUUUAAAGAAUCCAGUAAAUAAAUAGGUAGUACGGCAGUAAAUAUGCAUUAAUAAAUUCCUUUUAACAUAAUAUUAAAUUCUAACGAUGACAUCGUGCAAUUAGAAUGUGAAUGAACUGCAAUGAAUUGUUUGUUUUGUGCGUUUGACGCAGGUGACAGUUCGUGAAAGAAAAAAAAAAAACAAAAGCAAUAACUGAGAAUCAAAACAGCUGCUAUCGAGCGAAAUUGACGUGUUGCAAUUGUUUAAUUGCUAGCUCGGUAAAGUCGAAGUACAUUUUUUCGAGAAAAAGUUUUUAAUAUUUUUUUGGAGGAAAAACGCGUAAAAAAUUGCUGUGAAUUCGUUGAUAGCUUUUUGGAUAAACCAUAUCCAUGUUGCUACCAAUGUUGUAGAGAACAGAUUAUAGACAUCUGCUUCAUUACAAAUACACAAUGGACGAUUUAUCUCAAGGCGACAUUUGUCGCGUUUGCCGUUGUGAAGCCUCGUCGGAUCGUCCUCUGUUCUACCCAUGUGUUUGCACGGGCAGUAUAAAAUACAUACACCAGGAUUGCCUGAUGCAGUGGAUGCGCUAUUCACACAAGGAAUACUGUGAACUAUGCGGCCAUCGAUUUAGCUUCCAACCCAUCUACUCGCCUGAUAUGCCACGGGUCUUGCCGUUGCGAGAUGUUGCUGGAGGUUUGUUGUCGGCCAUAAUGAAAGCGGCAAAAUCUUGGGCCCACUACUCCCUUGUGGGUUUGGCUUGGUUUGUGGUAGUGCCGUUGUCUGCAUAUCGGACAUAUCGCUAUUUGUUCCGAGCAUCGUCAUUUGAUAUGAUAUUGUCCUUGCCUUUCGAUAUUUUUUCAACGGAAAAUCUGGCUUCAGAUGUAUUUCGAGGCUGCUUUGUAGUGACGUGCACACUGUUAUCGUUUAUUGGAUUGGUGUGGUUGCGAGAGCAGAUAUUGCUGGGAGGUGGACCGGAUUGGUUGGAAAGGGAUGAUGCUCCUGGAGCAGGGGCAAACAAUGAUGCUGACGAUGAGGUAGAACUGAAUCUUCCGCCGGAUGGAGGUGGAGCUAAUGCUAAUGCAGGAGAUGAGGGACAGGACAAUGUGGCAAAUGCUCAAAUAGAAGGCAAUGGGGCUUCAGCUGUCCCAGCGGAAGCGGCAGCGGAGGGAGAUGUUGCUAAUAACAACAAUGACAUCGCAGAUGGGAGGGUAAAUAAUGCUGAGGCGCCACCUGUAGUAGAGCCUAUGAACAAUAAUGCUCCUGCGGUUGCUGAUCCAGUUGAAAACGAGGGUGACCCUCCUUUGGAGUUUGGUCCCCAGCUGCCUCCUGCUCUGGCUGCAAAUCGUAAUAACAACAAUAAUGCUGCUAACCCCGCCGAAAACGACAAUGAUGAACCCAAUUGGAAUCCAAUGGAAUGGGAUCGAGCAGCGGAGGAAUUGACUUGGGAACGUUUAUUGGGUUUGGAUGGAUCCUUGGUGUUCUUGGAACAUGUGUUUUGGAUUGUCUCCCUCAAUACAAUGCUAAUAUUUGCCUUUGCUUUUUGUCCAUAUUGUAUUGGCCACUUUAUAUUAAGUUCACUAGAUCUCAUGGACCCGGAGAAGCCACUAUUACAUUUCCAUGGUUUAAUAACAACUUUAUUUGGCUAUUGUUUCAUUGGCAUUAUAUUGGUCGUUUUGCAUUGUCUGGCAAGGGCAUUCCAUAUGCGAAGAGUACGCAGUCUUAUUGGUUUGUGUUACAUUGUGGUAAAGGUGUCACUGCUCUCAGUGGUGGAGAUUGGUGUUUUACCAUUGGUAUGUGGAUGGUGGUUGGAUAUAUGCUCAUUGCCUCUAUUCGAUGCUACGUUAAAGGAUCGCAAGACUAGCUUUACAGCUGCACCUGGAACAUCUCUAUUCGUUCAUUGGAUGUUUGGUAUGGUGUUUGUGUAUUAUUUUGCCGCCUUCAUUUCAUUACUGCGAGAAGUUCUUCGUCCUGGAGUAUUGUGGUUUUUGAGGAAUUUAAAUGAUCCGGACUUUAGUCCCAUUCAAGAAAUGAUACAUUUACCCAUUCUAAAACAUGUUCGACGUCUAAUAUCAUCUGCCAUGAUAUUUGGAUCGGUGGUAUUGUUGAUGCUGUGGAUACCGAUACGUGUACUAAAGACAAUUUGGCCGACGUUUUUGCCAUACACUUUAUCCGGCGAUUCAGAUGUCAAUGAAUUGAGUUUGCAGUUGCUUUUACUGCAGAUCGUUCUCCCUGGAUUCUUCGAACAGUCCCACACUCGCGUUUGGCUUAAGAAACUCCUACGAAUUUGGUGUAUUUGUGUCUCCUGGGUAUUGGGCAUUCGUAGCUAUCUACUUGGCGCUGAUCCGGAACCUGCGAAUGUAGAAAAUGCUAACAACAACGAUGCCAACAAUCUGGAACCACAACCGGCCAAUGAAAUUGUUGCUAACGAUGAACCAAAUGCUGAAAAUGCCGCGCAAAAUAAUGCCGAAGAUAAUAAUGUUGCCGAAGAGCCUGCUCCUGUACAACCACCCAUACAAGCACAACCGCCUCCUCCACCACCUCCGCCGCCGCCACAAGCCGAACGAAAUUUGGCUGCAGUACAUCACGCCAUUAUACACCGAGAUGUGCCUGUUGCGUUCCAACCGUACGACAAACCAACAGUGUUUCCUCUAAGACUGUGCGGACUAUUAUUCUUUAUGUGUAUUUCAUUGGUGAUAGCAUCAUUGGUAACACUCACAGUGCCCGUAUGGAUAGGACGACAGGUGAUGUCACUAUGGUCUGUGGGUAGCAUAACAACACAAGUGGCCGUCCAGGGUGCUGAAGUAACGCCACGUCCACAUGAAUUAUAUACUGCCGCCUUGGGUACUUAUCUUUGUUGGAUGCUGACCAGGGGUAUAGCCAUUGCCGUAACCCUAUUACCUCAAGGACGUGCUGCCGUAAUGGAUAAAAUUAAGCAAUGGCUUAAAGUGGGGGCAUCGUAUGCCCUACCCGUCUUGAUUAUUGUUCUAAUGCUGGGUGUUAUUCCGCUCUUAUUCGGCAUGCUUUUGGAAUUGGUGGUGGUGAUACCGGUACGUGUUGGUGUUUUACAAACUCCCAUCUACUUUAUAUGGCAAGACUGGGCCUUGGGUGUAUUGUAUACGAAAAUUGCCAUAGCUUUGACGCUAAUGGGUCCCGAUUGGCAUUUGAAACGGGCACUAGAACGAGCAUAUCGUGAUGGUUUGAGGGAAAUUGAUUUAAAGUUUUUGAUUACCGAACUUGCAAUGCCUGUUAUCACAUGUUUUGGCCUAGCCCUUGCCAUACCCUACGUUCUGGCUCACUCAAUUUUACCAAUAUUCUUUACCGACCCUUGGGUACAAUUGGAAAUAGCUCAUUUUGUUUAUCCAGUAUUCUUUUCGGUUAUUGGCGCCAUUGCAUUAAUUUAUUUCCAAAUAAGACAAUUUAAAAAACUUUAUGUAGCAAUUAAGGUGGACAAAUAUUUGGUGGGUCAACGUUUGGUUAACUACGAACAUCGCAAGAAACAGCAAGAGGCUGCCGAAGAAAGAGCAGCACGACAAAAAGAGGAGGAGGAACAGGAACAUGUACCCAUUGCCAAUAUUGUGGAGCAGGCGGAAUUGGAAAGGAGACGACGACAGGAAGUUGAAAGGCAACAGUUGGUACAGGAUUUGGUGAGAGAUGAUCUAUUAUAAAUUCAGUUUCGGUGUCACACAUUCGAUGUAAUUGUCGUCUAGAAAAUCUUACUGAAAUGUAGUUUAAAAUUCAAUUAUCCAAAAACCAUUACGAAAUUCUUUCAACACCCUGCGUCAAGGCUGAUGAAAUGUUAUGAGUUCGUUUGUUCGUUUCUUUGUCCCGAAUCGAGAAUAAGAUGUGUUAUUACUUUUUAAAAUAAUUAAAAUUUAGGACUUUUAUAAUUGUAUGUUAAAGAAGCAUGUGUAACCAACCAAUAACACAUUGUUGUAUGAAAAUGAAACAGAAGUAUAAUUAUGCUGAAAUCAAGGAUUAACAUCCAUUUUAAAGAUAUAAAUACCACUCAACUGUUUUCUCUUAAAUUCCACAAAUCAAUAUAAACACAUAUGUAUGUAUGAAUUUAUGUACCCCGCCCAUAUGCACGUAUUACAUAAAAUAACAACGGAAAUAUUAAAAAAAAAGGUAUUUAGCAUUAAUGAAAACGACAUUACUUUUCGUUACAUAACGUCAAUGCUUUCAUAACGAAGUCUAAAAUUAAAUUUAACUGCAAUCCGAUGUGAAGGUCAAAAUCAUGCUCUAAACACAAAACAAAACUUUGUCACCGGCAAAUUGCCAUUCCACAUUUGAGUUUCCAUGAUCGGUUUUCUAUUUCAUUUCUUUUUUUUUUUGGGUAUUAUUCUCCUUUUCUAUCACCCACUGAACUAUUUUAUUUUUGUUGAUAAAUAUAUAGAAAUAUGAUAUGGUUUUUUUAUUAUAAUUUAAAAUUGAAUAAAACUAAUUUUAAAAAGC